AUCGACAGUGAAAGAAAGUGUACGUUAUACAUCGCAUUACAAACAAGAAAGCUGGGCUGGUCCAUGCAUGUGUACUUUAUCUUUGCUUAAUAAAAACUAAAGUAAAGAGGGAGAAGUUAUCGCUUUGUACGUCUACGUCUGUGCCAUGGGGGUAGAGAAAUCGGCGUUGACGAUUUGGAUUGGGGAACGGUACUGAGACUGAGAGAGAAAGAGAAGUGACUCUGUUCCGUGGACGUUGGAGUUGGAGAGGACUGGGACUGGACUGGAGUUAGUAGUAGUGAGUAGUAGUACACUACGGCAGCGGUCGUCAGUCGACAGUCGAGUCUGAAAAUUAAACGAUUAAGAAUCACGGCAUUGUGUUUUUUUACAUGUGCGGUUUUAUUCAUACUACUCGUACCAACACAUUAUCGCAAAUACUAUUACUAACUACACAACAAAUAAUAAAACAAUUCAGUUCGGCGUCACAGCAACUGCAAGCCCGUGGCAAAAGAAGAGGUGGUUUUUUAAAAAAAUAAUUCCCAUCUCGAUUUGAAAUUAAAAAUAAAAUAAAUAAAGACAGUUGAAUUGUUGGGUGUAAGAAAAAGAUAUACGUGCGCGUGAGUUUAAUUUUUUUUACCAAGACAAGAAAGGCGGUGUACUCUCUCUCUCUUCUACAUCAGCACUAUAGUAGUAGUACAGCAACAGCAACAGCAGCAGCAGAAUAUUCAGUGUGUGUAUUGGUGUGUGUAUGUAUACUUUGUGUUAUCCGUGUGUGUGAGUGUAGAGUACGCUAAACAAAAAUGGCGGACGGCGAUUCGAGGGUAGACCGGUCGGAUCCAGAGCUACGUUAUCUAUCUGUCGACAGGAAUAAUUUUAAUGAUCCAGCUACACAGGCAGAAUGGACCCAGAAAAAAUUGGUUUGGGUCCCACACGAGACACAGGGAUUUGUCGCCGCUGGUAUCAAAGGAGAGCGCGGUGAUGAGGUCGAGGUUGAAAUUGCCGAGACCGGCAAGCGGAUACAAGUCGCCAAGGAUGAUAUACAAAAGAUGAACCCUCCUAAAUUUGAUAAGGUCGAGGAUAUGGCUGAAUUAACCUGUCUCAAUGAGGCGUCGGUACUUCACAAUCUCAAGGACCGGUACUACUCUGGACUCAUAUAUACAUACUCUGGGCUGUUUUGUGUAGUCGUUAAUCCUUACAAAAGGUUACCGAUUUAUACAGAGAAAAUAAUGGAACGGUAUAAGGGUAUAAAAAGACACGAAGUACCUCCUCACGUUUUUGCCAUCACCGACACUGCCUACCGUUCUAUGUUACAAGAUCGUGAAGAUCAAUCCAUAUUAUGUACUGGUGAAUCCGGAGCUGGCAAAACAGAAAAUACAAAGAAAGUUAUUCAGUAUCUAGCUUACGUAGCUGCUUCAAAACCUAAAUCAAACGCCACCCCAAGUCCAGCAUUAAUAAUAGGGACUGGAAAUACUAUGGAGAAAUUUGCGGGUGAAUUGGAACAACAACUUCUGCAGGCGAAUCCUAUUUUGGAGGCAUUUGGUAAUGCUAAGACAGUUAAAAACGACAAUUCUUCAAGAUUCGGUAAAUUUAUCAGAAUAAAUUUCGACGCGAGUGGUUACAUAGCCGGAGCAAAUAUCGAGACAUAUCUACUGGAAAAAUCACGAGCGAUACGUCAAGCAAAGGAAGAAAGAACGUUUCAUAUAUUUUAUCAGUUACUUGCUGGCGCGUCACCAGAACAAAAGAAAGAAUUUAUAUUGGAAGAUCCAAAACUGUAUCCAUUCCUGUCGAAUGGCGCGCUGCCAGUGCCCGGCGUUGAUGACGCAUCUGAAUUUUCAUCGACCGUUAAAUCAAUGCACAUAAUGGGUAUGACUAAUGAAGAUUUCUCAUCAAUAUUCCGUAUUGUAUCGGCUGUGAUGCUUUUCGGGUCGAUGCAAUUCCGUCAGGAGCGUAACUCCGACCAGGCAACUCUCCCAGACAACACAGUCGCUCAAAAGAUCUCCCAUCUCCUGGGAUUGAGUGUUACUGAAAUGACAAAAGCCUUCCUCAAACCACGUAUCAAAGUAGGCCGUGAUUUUGUGACCAAAGCCCAGACAAAGGAACAAGUCGAGUUCGCCGUCGAAGCAAUAUCAAAAGCCUGUUACGAGCGUAUGUUCCGCUGGCUGGUCAAUCGGAUAAAUCGUUCGCUAGACCGCACCAAACGUCAGGGUGCCAGUUUUAUCGGAAUUCUCGAUAUGGCUGGAUUUGAAAUAUUCGAAUUAAAUUCUUUCGAGCAACUGUGUAUCAAUUACACUAAUGAAAAACUUCAGCAGCUUUUUAACCACACGAUGUUCAUUUUAGAGCAAGAAGAGUACCAGCGCGAAGGCAUUGAGUGGAAAUUCAUAGACUUUGGUCUCGAUUUGCAGCCAACAAUAGACUUGAUUGACAAACCAAUGGGAGUUAUGGCUCUGCUGGACGAAGAAUGUUGGUUCCCGAAAGCUACUGACAAAACUUUUGUUGAAAAGUUGGUCAGCGCUCACAGCGUUCACCCGAAAUUCAUGAAGACAGACUUCCGUGGAGUCGCUGACUUUGCGAUUAUUCAUUACGCUGGAAAAGUCGAUUACUCGGCAGCUAAAUGGUUGAUGAAGAACAUGGACCCGCUUAAUGAAAAUAUUGUAAGUUUAUUGCAGGCCUCGCAGGAUCCAUUCGUCUGUCACAUAUGGAAAGACGCGGAAAUUGUCGGUAUGGCUCAGCAAGCAUUGACUGACACGCAAUUCGGUGCGAGAACGCGUAAAGGAAUGUUCCGUACAGUGUCGCAGUUGUACAAAGAACAGUUGGCUAAACUUAUGGUCACCUUGCGCAAUACAAAUCCUAACUUUGUACGUUGUAUUAUUCCAAAUCACGAAAAACGGGCGGGUAAAAUAGACGCUCCGUUGGUGCUAGAUCAAUUGAGAUGCAAUGGUGUCCUCGAGGGAAUACGUAUUUGCCGGCAAGGAUUCCCUAAUCGUAUUCCGUUCCAAGAAUUCCGUCAGCGGUACGAAUUACUCACGCCCAAUGUUAUUCCAAAGGGUUUCAUGGAUGGUAAAAAAGCAUGCGAGAAAAUGAUCCAAGCUUUGGAACUUGACCCGAACUUGUACCGUGUGGGACAGUCAAAAAUUUUCUUCCGUGCUGGUGUUUUAGCGCAUCUUGAAGAAGAACGUGAUUACAAGAUAACAGAUCUAAUUGUUAACUUCCAGGCGUUCUGUCGUGGUUUCCUUGCUAGACGGAAUUACCAGAAGCGUCUUCAGCAAUUAAAUGCUAUUCGUAUUAUACAGCGUAAUUGCGCGGCUUACUUGAAACUACGUAACUGGCAGUGGUGGCGACUCUACACCAAAGUUAAGCCACUGUUGGAGGUUACCAAGCAGGAAGAAAAAUUAACGCAAAAGGAGGAUGAAUUGAAGCAAGUUCGCGACAAAUUGGAGAUGCAGCUAAACUCAGCCCAGGAGUAUGAACGUAAAUACCAGCAAGCAUUGGAAGAGAAAACGAUGCUGGCCGAGCAAUUGCAAGCUGAAGUUGAAUUGUGUGCGGAGGCUGAAGAAAUGCGCUUGCGAUUGGCUACACGCAAACAGGAGCUCGAGGAAAUUUUACAUGACUUGGAAGUUCGUAUUGAAGAGGAAGAAGAACGCAGCAAUGCUUUGAAUCAGGAAAAGAAAAAAUUACAGCUGAAUAUCAGUGAUUUGGAGGAACAAUUGGAAGAGGAAGAAGCGGCGCGUCAAAAAUUGCAGUUGGAAAAAGUCCAGUGUGAUGCUAAGAUUAAAAAGUUGGAAGAAGAUUUGGCUUUAUCGGAUGAUACGAAUCAAAAGUUGUUGAAAGAGAAAAAGUUGCUGGAAGAAAGAGCUAAUGACUUGUCGCAGACUUUGGCUGAGGAGGAAGAAAAAGCCAAGCAUUUAGCUAAAUUGAAAGCCAAGCACGAAGCUACCAUUGCUGAUUUGGAAGAAAGAUUGUUGAAAGAUCAUCAGCAGAGACAAGAAGUCGACCGCUCGAAACGAAAAGUCGAGACUGAAGUUUCUGACCUUAAAGAUCAGUUGGGCGAGAGAAAAGUCCAGGUAGAAGAACUUCAACUCCAGUUGGGAAAACGUGAAGAAGAACUUAACCAGAUGAUGCUGAAAGUUGACGAGGAAGCUGCUGCUAAAGCUCAGGCCCAAAAGGCUCUCAGAGAGUUGGAGUCACAGUUAGCAGAGCUCCAAGAGGACCUCGAGGCGGAGAAAGCUGCAAGAAGUAAAGCCGAGAAGCUCAAACGUGAUUUGAACGAGGAACUGGAGGCUCUGAAAAAUGAAUUGUUGGAUUCGUUGGAUACUACUGCGGCCCAACAGGAGUUGAGAAGCAAGCGCGAGCAGGAGUUAGCUACGCUGAAGAAGAACUUAGAGGAAGAGACUUCAGUCCACGAGGGUACUCUUUCUGACAUGCGUCACAAACACACGCAAGAACUGACAGCUAUCAAUGAACAGAUGGACGCUCUGAAGAAAGCCAAAGCCGGGCUUGAGAAGGCUAAAGGCGCUCUAGAAGCUGAAAAUGCUGACUUGGCUACCGAAUUAAGAUCUGUUAGUGCCAGUAGACAGGAAUCAGAUCGACGGCGCAAACAGGCCGAGCAGCAGCUCGUUGAACUCAACGCUAAGCUUGCCGAAGUUGACCGUGUUAAGCAAGAGUUGGCUGAACGGGUUAUCAAACUUCAGACGGAAGCUGAGACUAUUUCCCAGCAGUUGGAGGCCUCUGAAUUGAAAGCUUCUGCAGCGGUUAAAGCUUCUGCUACUUGUGAAUCCCAAUUUACUGAAUUACAACAGCAGUUGGAGGAAGAGACGAGACAGAAAUUGGCGCUUAGCUCAAAACUCCGUGCUCUUGAGAGUGAAAAGGAGAGCUUGCAUGAUCAGUUGGAGGAAGAAGAAGAAGCUAAGCGCGCGCUUGAUAAACAAUUGGUUGCGUUGAAUCUUCAAUUGGCAGAGGCUAAGAAACGUGGAGAUGAAGAGGCUGAAGCUGCGAUAGUGCUUGAAGAGGCUAGGAAACGCUGCAUGAAAGAUAUUGAAGCUCUGCAGAGACAAGUAGAAGAGCUUCAAGCUGCUAAUGAUAAAUUGGAUAAAUCAAAGAAGAAGAUUCAGGCGGAAUUAGAAGACUCGACUAUCGAAUUAGAAGUCCAGAGAUCUAAAGUUAUUGAGUUAGAGAAGAAACAGAAAAACUUUGACAAAGUUUUGGCUGAAGAAAAGGCUGUUUCUGAGCAGUAUGCCGAACAACGUGAUGCUGCUGAACGAGAAGCACGUGAGAAGGAAACUAAAGUGCUGUCUUUGACUCGCGAAUUGGACGAACUCAAUGAGAAAGUUGAAGAGCUUGAACGCGGACGUCGCGGUCUUCAAGCCGAACUUGAUGAGCUGGUUAAUAACCAGGGUACUGCUGAUAAAAAUGUUCAUGAGUUGGAGAAAGCUAAGCGAGCACUUGAAUCCCAGUUGGCAGAACAGCGCUCGCAAGUCGAGGAGCUCGAGGACGAGCUUCAGUUCACUGAAGACGCUAAGUUGCGUCUGGAAGUUAACAUGCAGGCGCUGAGAACCCAAUUCGAGCGGGAUCUCCAGGCUAAAGAAGAGCAGGCUGAAGAAAAACGCAGAGGACUUGUUAAACAGUUGCGUGAUAUUGAAGCAGAGCUUGAAGAUGAGAGAAAACAACGCGCAGCUGCUAUUGCUGCUCGCAAGAAGCUGGAGGCUGAUUACAAAGACGUUGAACAGCAGCUGGAGAUGCAUAAUAAGGUUAAGGAAGACGCUCUUAAGCAGCUGAAGAAAUUGCAGGCGCAGAUUAAGGAUUGCACUAGAGAAACAGAGGAGGCGCGUGCUGCUCGUGAUGAGCUGGCGGCCAGUGCUAAAGAAACUGAGAAGAAGGUGAAGAGUCUUGAGGCUGAUUUACUCCAGCUUACUGAAGAUCUGGCUAGUAGCGAACGUGCUAGACGUACAGCUGAAAAUGAACGAGAUGAGCUCCAGGAAGAGGUGAAUAAUAACGCGAAUAAGGGUACGCUGAUGCUUGACGAAAAACGGCGGCUUGAGGCGAGAAUCGCGACGCUGGAAGAAGAACUCGAGGAGGAGCAAUCUAACAGCGAAAUAUUUGUUGACCGCGCGAGAAAAGGACAGAUCACGAUAGAGCAGCUGACCACUGACUUGGCGACCGAGCGCUCGAGCACUCAGAAACUUGAAUCCUCAAGAAUGUUGCUUGAGAGACAGAACAAGGAGUUGAAGGCGAAACUCGCGGAACUCGAGACGGCUCAGCGUGCGAAAACCAAGGCUACUAUUCAGGCACUUGAGUCGAAGAUCAGUAAUUUGGACGAGCAGCUGGAGACAGAGGCUAAGGAACGGUUCGCUCAGCAGAAGAUUAAUAGGAAGCUGGACAAGAAGCUGAAGGAGUUGAGCUUGCAGCUCGAAGACGAGAGGAGAAACGCUGAUCAGUAUAAGGAGCAAGUCGAAAAGGCUAACGCUCGCGUCAAGACUCUCAAGAGACAGUUGGAUGAGACUGAGGAAGAGCUAAGCAGGCACAAGGUUCUCAAACGCAAGGCCCAAAGGGAAAUGGACGAAAUGAUUGAGUCACAUGAAAAUUUGUCUCGUGAAGUUGCUAAUCUUAAAAACAAGCUCAGACGAGGAGGUGGAGCAACUAUUGGUUUAAGCUCAUCAAGAUUAACUAAACGUGGAUCCGUACAAACAGGUGGUUCUGGUGAUGACUCAACAACUCAGGACGAAAGCAUCGAUGGCGAAGAAAGUAUCAACUGAAGCGUGUAGUGACAGAUUUUUUUUUUUAAUGCAAUAAAAAUAAUUAAUUAAUUAAAAUUUUCAUAACGCAUAAUAGAAUGUUUAAACUAACGCUCGACCGCAAAAAAGUUAAAAAACAAACAAAAAAAAACGUAGAGAUUAAUCUUUUUUUCUUAAUUACAUCAGUGAUUAUUUUUAAAUGCAAUUCAUGAAGAUAUUCAUGACAAAAAAGUUGAAUGAAAAAAAAAAAGAAAUAUAUAUAUAUAUAUAUAUAUAUAUAUAUUAUUUACAAGUUUUGUAAAUUGGUAAUAGUAAAAAAGAAAAGAAAAAAACAAUUUAUUUCUUUAUUAUAUAAUUAAUUUUUUUUAUUUCAACUUACAAUAAGAAGUAAAUAUAUAUAUAAAUAUAAAUAUAGUUGUAUGUAUAUUAUACUUCGUAUAAGAUGCCAUCGAGACGAGAAAAGAUAUGUUAAAAGAAUUAAAAAAAAGAACGUGUACAUAACUACUCUACUUAUUGCUUUCUAACAAACCGCCGAGCGGUUUUAAUGCAAAUACGUGAUUGAUUUAUUCAGUUUAAUUAUAUCAAAUUUAACUCAAAGUAACAAAAUAUUGAAAUUGUUUAAUUGAUUCAUAAGUUGAUAUAAUAAUUAAUUGAAUAAUUAAUUAAAAGUUAGAAUGAUUUGAGGAUAAAACAAUUGUAGGGAGUGAUUAAUGGAAAAAGACAAUUUGAUAAAUUCGAGGGAGCUGAUUCCCCCAUAAUUAUUAUAUUAUAUUAUAUUAUUAUUAUUUUUAUUAUAAUUAUAAUUAUUUUUAUUUUUAUUAUUAUUAAAAUAUUAUUAUUAUUAUCUAAAGAAUGAAAAUAACCAUCUUAAGUAGUAAUUAAGACAUUAAUGUUUAUAUUAUUUUAUUACGCGUAUGUAUGAAAGCAUCAACCGUAUUCAAAAAUAAUUAAUAUCAAAUUAUUAAAAAAUACAAAUUUAUUUGAAAAUUAAUUUCAUUUCAAAAGGUCUUACGUACGUAAAUUACUUUUUUUUUUUUUUCAUUAAACAUUUUUUCCAACGUAUUGUUUUUGUUAAACAAUCCAAUGUACCAAUGCAUUUAAUUAUAUGAGGUAAGGACUUGUAUUAAAAAAUAGAAUUUUUAUUUUUUAAUUGUACUUAAUUUUUUUUUUACGAUUUUAUCGUAACCUUUUGGAAUGAAAUUAAGCGCAACUUAAUUGAUUAAAUUAAAAAAAAAAUCAAAUCUUUUUAUACAAAAAUUUUUUUAUAAAAAUUUUGUCUUGAUAUGACUUUUUCAAAAAAGAAAAAACUAAACUCUACAAACCAAUGUACAUCGAUAGUAUAUUUUUGAAUGCACCUUUUUAUAAUGGAGUAAUUUUUUACAGACGAAAUGCAUUUAUUAAAAAUAGCCUUUAAUACAAUAGAAACAAUUUAAUUAAAAAUUUUGCAAUUAAAUAUUAAAAUACGCCAUAAAAUAAAAAAAAUAGAUUUCGAAUGCGAUAUAUAUAUCCGAAUAAUUGUCAAUUGUGUAUAUAUAAGACUUUCGUUUAAAUAAAUAUUCAAAUGUCAUUAUUAAUUUAUAAUUAUUAUUAGUUAUUGAAUCGAACGGCUUCAAUAAUUAUUUUCUUUGACGUAUAUAUAAUUUUUUUUUAUAUAAAAAAUGCAUGUAAUAUUUCAAAUAUGAUUUAUAAUUAACGAAAAUUGUCUCGACAUUUGAACAAAUAAAGGCACAUUUACGAAAAAUGUCAUGGAAAAAAGUGAAGUAAAAUUUUGAUACAUUUUAUAUAUGGUACUAUUGAUUAAUAAUUAUGAAUAUAAAAGGGUUGAUUGCAUCUAGAAUACAUGAGGAAGAAACAAUAAAUAAAUAAAAAAAAAUAUAUGUUAAGAUUUUUUAUUACUUUAAUUUAAUUAUAUAGAGAAUUAAUAUACUUCAUUUGAAUAAAGGUUAAUUAGCGAGCUAAAAAGUGUUAUUAACCCUUCUCGUAGACUCGAGUAAUAAGCUUCCCUUUAAAAUAUUUUUUUAUUUAAUAAUGUUCAUUAGUUAUUGCUACAUUGAUACGAGCUUCCGUAAAUU